AUGGCCACAACAACCACUUCAACUUCCACCACCCUCCGUACCCGCAAGUCUUUUGGUCGCGCCUUGCGCAGGCCUGUCGCCCUCUCCGCUUCCACUCCCGAUCUAAACGCCGCCUUUACCGCUCAUUCCAGACUCUCGGCUGCCUUGUCGCGCAAGCCGUCGCUCGCCGUUCUCACCCCCAGCACACUCGCCAGUAUCCCCGAUGUUAGCGAAACCUACGCUCUAGACUCUGUCCUCCGCCAUUCCAGAAUGAUCCCCGCCACCCCCGGCCGCCUUGGUACCGCCGACGACGUCGUUUUGGGCGACAACGUCGAGGUACCCGGCGGUCUCCAGGGCACCGUUCGCUUCGUCGGUGCUGUCCAAGGGAAGAAGGGUCAGUUUGUCGGUAUCGAAUUGACCCGCGAGUUUGCCCCUCGCGGUAAAAAUAACGGCGACGUCGAUGGUAUAUCCUACUUCAACACCAACGUCCCUGGCUCCGGCAUCUUCGUACCCAUCACAAAGGCUAUCCGUCGCGAGUCGCCCAACCACGCACCCUACCCUGCGACGCCUACCCCGUCUACAAACCGGAGAGCUCCCGCCCAAAGCUCAGGCUAUACACCACCAAUGCCGGCCUUGCCCAAGCUGAGCGCAUCAGUCGGACCUGGUGCCAGAGCGGUCAGCCCGCAGUCCAGGCAGCGCCCCCGAAUGUCGCUCCCCCGCCCCGAAUCGCCAGUCCGCCGAACCCAGAUGACUCCGGGCCCUCGACCAUCUAUUCCCUCUCCUUCUAAGGCCGCAAGGCAAGCCAGUCCGACCAAUCGAUUUGCCCAAAGUGUCAGAGGCACCGCCGGUGACCCAAACAAAAAAAUCGGCCACCUUAAUCAGAGCGUGAACCACGGCCAGCGCAGCAACUCUGCUAUGGGUGGCGGCGGUGUCAUGAACUUCGACGAUGACCCCGCACCCCUCGCACAAAGGCCUAUCAGGCCGCCCGCCUUGUCCACCUCGGCCUCGGCCUUUAAUCUGCGAAGACCGGCUUCGCGCGCAAACAACGCCAACGAGGAGGAGAUUGGGCGUCUCAAGAGUCAGCUGGAGGAUAGGGACAGCCAAUUAAAAGAGCAGGCUAGCACCCUGGCUGAGAUGGAGAGCAGCUUGGUUGAGCUGCAGUCCCUGAUCGAUCAGUCGGACGGCGGCCCCAGACACGCACGGAAUAGUUUGGAUGACAAGGACUCUACCCAGCUACGCCUAAUACUACGCGAGAAGACGGAAAAGAUUGCUAUGCUCACAGCAGAGUUCGAUUCUCAUCGCGCCGAUUUCCGCAGCACAAUUGAUACACUGGAACUUGCUAGUACGGAGACGGAGCGUGUGUAUGAGAAACGCAUGGAGGAGCUCAUGGCGGACAUUAGAGAGCUUGAAUCGAGGAACGUCGACGUAGAUUCUGUCGCCAAUCAACUCAAGCAACUGGAAGAGCUGGUCCAAGAACUCGAAGAGGGCCUCGAAGAUGCGCGUCGCGGAGAAGCCGAAGCCAGGGGUGAAGCCGAAUUUCUACGAGGCGAGGUUGAGAGAACAAGGUCGGAACUUCGACGCGAACGUGACAAAUCAGGCUCGCCAGGAGGGCAGGUCAAUGGCGGCAGCGAUUCUACCCUUUCCAAAGAGCUGGAACAAAAGGAGGAUGAAAUUCGUGGUCUCAAGGCUAUUAUCCACUCACUCAGUCGCGAUUCAGUUCCCGGCGAAGAUGGGCAUACCCCAACGCUGCGAGAUUCUUUCAACGAUCAACCGGCUCCUACAGCCAACGGGGCGGGCCGCGAUCAUUCGGAGCGUCGUGUGGUCGAACUGCAGGCGCUUCUCGAUAAGAAAAAUAGCCGGCAAGAGGAACUUGAGCAAGAGUUGGAGUAUCUCCGCCGUGGCACCGGUACAGACCAAGGUCAAACCGGGUACCAACAUCAUAGAUCUUCGUUGAGGGAUUCCCGCGAUACCGUAAUCCCGACACGCGCGGAGCCUCGGUCGCCGGAAGCCGCAACGCACCGCCGCGGCAACACGCUGGAUACUAUGCCGGAGAGUGACACAUAUUCCUCGGAGACUAGCGCACUCUGGUGCGAAAUUUGCGAAACUAGCGGGCACGACAUUCUCACCUGCACCAAUAUGUUUGGACCGGAAGGCGUCAAGAGCGUCUCUAAUGCAGGUGACGGCAACAGCAAAGCCGGAGAUCGCGAUACACUCAAGGCGCCGCCGACUUCGCAGUUUACAAAUGGCGGUACAAACGGUGCUGAUGAUGCUGCCCGUCCCGCUCCCCUCACCACAGUCCGGUCAAAGCAAGCCACACAGCCAACACCACCCAUCAAGAUCAUGCCGAACCCAAUGGAGUCUGGCCCUGUAGCAGGCAAAGAGAGUGGCAUCAUGGAUCCGGAGAAGUGGUGUGCCGUCUGCGAACGCGACGGCCACGACAGCGUCGACUGUCCUUUUGAAGAUGCGUUUUGA